UUCAUUCCGGAUAUGGCAGUUAUAUGCACAAGUCUGCUUGUCCAAUACAAUCGCCACAAUGGUGAGAAAGCUCGACCUAGAGAACUACGGACCUGAGAUAAAACUUAUCGAGAGAAAUGACUGGGGUGCGAUCCCAGCUACCGACCGGAAACAUUCACUCCCUCUGGAACUCCCGGUCCUGCUCCUGCGGUUCACUGAGACUGGUGUUCCCCUGGGAAGGAACAUUCAUCAGAACAAGAUCCAGCUCCAGAACCUCCAGGCGCAACAUAUGGUGGAAGAGAACGCUGAAGAUAUAAAGUUCAAUUUUGCCGUGGGGACGUAUAGUAUUAUGUAUGAAGGUAGAGGGUUCACCAGAGGACCCCACAACAAAAAUGGACCAGACAGUCCUCACAUAAUGGAGAUUGCAUACUGUGGAAAGUUCGACAAACGUGAGAACAAGAAAAUAUACUUAUGUUCCAGUAUGAAAGUUGAUCUUUUGCCUCGAAAGAAAAAAUUUACACAACGAAAAAUUGCUGAAGGUUCCAUUCCAUUUUGGGAGGCAUCCGUCACGUUGCUGAAUUUUAUCAAAUAUGGAAUUAAAAAUCAACUUAUAAGUCCAAUGUUCAGGAUUAUAGAUUAGUUAUAGUUUAUUGGUCAUGGCAAAAUGGUUGAAGCUAUACAACUGCUUACAUUUACUAAUAGUAAAAUGUAAAGUAACUAAAUAUAAAUAAUGGUUUAGUAUAUAACAAAAAAAGUUAUGAAUAGAGGGUUGGUUUAAAUUAGAAACCCCAAGAAUAAAAGAAAAUAUAACCUGCAACUAUAAAAGAAUACUGA